AUGCCUCUUGUGAUAUUCUCAGGUUUACCAUCUUCUGGUAAAUCUACUCGUGCCAGAGAUCUAAAGCAACAGUUAGAAUCCAAAAUCUCCUCUUUAGAACAAGGCCAACCAGGUGCCAAUUUAAAAGUUAUAUUACAUACAGAUGAAUCACUAGGUAUAACAAAAGAAGAAUAUCGUGAAUCAAGAACUGAAAAAUCCCUUAGAGGGCUACAAAUGAGUGCUGUUAAAAGAGAUAUAUCAAGAUCAAAUAUCGUUAUAUUGGAUUCACCAGCUUAUAUUAAAGGUUUUAGAUAUCAAUUACAUUGUGAAGCAAAAGCAUUAUCAACUUCGUGUUGUGUUAUACAUGUUUUAGCCUCUUUAGAAACUUGUUUAAAUUGGAAUUCUGAAAGAUCUAAAGAUGAUCAAUGGGAUCCUGAAUUAUUGAAACAAUUAAGUAUGAGAUAUGAAGAACCUGAUGGGAAUUCAAGAUGGGAUUCUCCAUUAAUUCCAAUUGCAUUUGAUGAUGUUUCAAUCCCAUUUGAUGAUAUUUGGAAUACUUUAGUUCAUCAAAAAGCUCCACAAGCAAAUGCUGCCACAAUGAUGAAACCUGCCACAGCAACAAAUUAUUUACAAGAACUAGAUAAAUCAACUCAAUUUGUUAUAAAUAAAGUUAUUGAAUUUGAAGAUUUGAAAACAAGUCGUAUAAAAAUUGAUGAAGAUUUAUUUUUGGAUUUACCACCUCAAGGUGUUUCAAAUGCUAAAUUACAAAGAAUUAGAAGAACUUUUGUUACCUUGAAUAGAGUUAGAAGUUUAGAUGUUGAUAGAAUUGUUCCAUUAUUUGUGGAUUAUUUGGAUAGUAAUAUAAAUAGAGAUGAUUAA